UAUCGGGAGGGACAGUAAGAAGGUGUGGGCGCGCGCGCGCGCGCGCCUAAUCGAUUACGAUAAGAGAAAUCUGACGGAAAGCGAUCGUUUCGGUAUUGAUAACGAUGGAACCCGGCUAGAGCGAGGUAUUUAAGUGUCCCGAUCGAUCCGAUCUGGCCAGUUCAGUUGGAAGCGUUUGCCCACAGACAACCGAAGCAAGAUGAACAAGUUCGCCGCCGUCCUGGUGCUGGCCAGCAUCUGCCUGGCUGGUGUGUCCGCCCAGUGUCCACGCAUCGUGACCCGCGCUCAGUGGGGAGCUCGUGCCGCCAGUACGUCUCAGCUGCCGAUCCGUCCGGCCCCGUGGGUCGUGAUGCAUCACACCGCCGGUGCUCACUGCACCACGGAUGCGGCUUGUGCCCAGCAGAUGCGCAACAUCCAGUCUUUCCACAUGGACGGUAAUGGUUGGGCCGACAUCGGUUACAAUUUCCUGGUUGGUGAGAAUGGUGCUGCUUACGAGGGCCGCGGUUGGGGCCGUCAGGGAGCCCACGCUCCAGGAUACAACGAUCGCUCGGUCGGCAUGGGUGUGAUGGGAACCUUCACGAAUGGUAUUCCGAAUGCGGCCGCUCGUAAUGCCGCCCAGCAGCUGAUCUCUUGCGGUGUUUCGCUUGGACACAUCGCUUCCAACUACUGGCUGAUUGGACACCGACAGGCCGUGGCCACUGCCUGCCCUGGAAACGCGUUCUUCAACGAGAUCCGUAACUGGCCGCGAUUCAACCCGAACGUUUAAAUUAACAGUGCGAACGUCGUCUCCGUUAAAUAUAGAUUUUGUGUUUAAGAAUCAUA